AUGACUAUGUGGUCUGCCAAACGAUCCGCCUACCUUUACCAGCGUUUCUUCUGGGAAGUCUUUGCCAUAUCUAGACUUUUCUCUCUGGUGGUUACACUGGUGGGCCUCGUCAACUAUGCAGCCGUUGAACGACGAUGGUCACCAGAUGCAGUUGCCACUGUUGACCUUGCCGUCAACAGGGGCUCACCGCAGCAUCUCGCAAGCGGUAUCAUCUAUGGAAUACCCGAUAUCCCAAAUCAAAUUCCUGAUCAUUUUUAUACUGACAUUGGCCUUCACUGGUUCCGCGCCGGUGGCGGUCAAAUGACUGAGCCCAACCGUGGCUGGUCCUGGGGCGAUGCCGAGAUGGAAAAGAGAUGGAAAUCGACGCUCAGCAACUACAAAACUGUCCGGAAGUACAACGGAAAGUUUCUGCUUCUGCUUCAUGACCUCUGUGGCACUAACUUUACUGACGAGUCUAUGGAAUGGCCCGGUGACAAUGGUGACUGGGCCAACUAUGACCGCUUUCUGGACACCAUCAUUAGCAGGGUCAUUGACAACGAUAUGCUUCCGGGAUUAUACAUCGACAUCUGGAACGAGCCUGAAUGGGGCUUCUGGAAGAGACCUCAGGCGCAGUGGCUUGACAUGUUCGGUCGAGCUAUGAACAGAUUUCGUUCGGAUGAUCGUCUUGGAGAAGUCCAACUGAUAGGUCCCUCUCUUUCACUGCCGCCGACAGAAGACAACACAUGGUGGUCAAACUUCCUAUCUUACAUCGCCGCGAACAACUCCGCGCCGGACUUGUACACAUGGCACCACAUUGAGGCACUCGAUAACCCCGCCAAUGACCUUCAGAACAGCUUGGUCACUUUCAACAACAUGCGAUCUGCCGCCGGUGCUCCAGAGAAACCCAUCAACAUCAACGAGUACCUGAACCUUGCCGAUGAACUCAACCCAGCGGCAACAGUGUGGCAUCUGUCCCGGUUUGAAAGAUACGAUACUUCGGGUCUGCGCUCCAAUUGGCGUGGAGGUCCAGACGGUUCUCAUCUCCGUGAUUUCCUAGCCAGUCUCAUAUGGCGCGACGAUGAGAACCUGCCGUACCACCCAAACGGUGACUGGCAGGCACUGAAGUACUACAACCUUAAUAUGACCGGUUAUCGAGCUGGCACAACUGGUUCUGAUGACCGAAUAUUCGACGUGUACGCUACGGUCGGGAACGACAAAGUACGUGCCCUUGCUGGGGUGCGGGUCAAGACGGGCACCUGGGCCCUGACUUUCAAGAACCUCAGUGCUGUGGGCCUGCCCCCGGCUGGGGAACCAAAGAUUCAGACCUGGGGGUUCACCUACGAGAUCCCCGAAGCCGAGUUGGAUGCUCCUACGGACCGCGGCAUUGUCACCCACUCUUAUACGAACGACGAGAUCACCAUAGCGAUUUACCAGACGGAGGAAGACUGGAAAACUGCGUGGGCAUUCGAGUUUCUGGUGUAG